AUGGCGGCGCAGGGGCCCCGUGGCCGCCUCGCCUCGUCGCUGCCGCGGCUGCUGCUCGGCCUGGCCGCGCUCGCCGUGCCGCCGCCGCCCGCCGCCGCCCCCGAGCCGCCGCCCACCGCCCUCCGCGCCGGCCACGCCGCCUCCUCGCUGCCCGCCGCCGCCGCCGCCCCGCGCACCAGAUACCUUUUGUACGAUGUAAAUCCCCCUGAAGGGUUCAACCUUCGCAGAGACGUCUACGUUCGCAUUGCUUCCCUUGUAAAGACCCUGCGGAAAAGUGAAAACUGGGUGUUAGUCCUGCCUCCUUGGGGGAGGCUUUAUCACUGGCAGAGCCCUGAUAUCCUUCAGGUCCGGAUCCCUUGGUCUGAGUUCUUUGAUAUCCCAAGCCUCAACAGGAACAUCCCUGUCAUUGAAUAUGAGCAGUUCCUUGCAGAGUCAGGUGGGCCCUUUAUUGAACAGAUUUAUGUGCUACAAGGCUAUGCAGAAGGAUGGAAAGAAGGAACAUGGGAAGAAAAAAUCAAUGAAAGGCCAUGCAUUGAUCAGCUGAUGUAUUCCAAGGACAAACAUGAGUACUACAGGGGCUGGUUCUGGGGUUACGAGGAAACACGAGGCCUAACCGUCUCUUGUUUGUCUGUCCAAGGAUCUGCUUCCAUUGUGGCGCCCAUCCUUCUGAAGAACACUUCAGCGCAGUCAGUGAUGUUAGACAGAGCUGAAAACCUUCUUCAUGACCACUACGGAGGGAAAGAUUACUGGAAUACCCGUCGGAGCAUGGUGUUUGCUAAACACCUCCGUGUGGUGGGAGACGAGUUUAGAAGGAAGUAUCUUCAAUCCACGGAUGAGGCAGACAGGACUCAUUACAAGGAGGACUGGACACAGAUGAAGGUUAAGACGGGCACAGCUCUAGGUGGUCCAUACCUCGGGGUUCAUCUCAGAAGGAAAGACUUCAUUUGGGGUCACAGAGAAGAUGUGCCUUCCCUGCAAGGAGCAGUAAAGAAAAUCCGCAGCCUCUUGGAGAUGCUUAAACUUGAAAAAGUUUUUGUAGCCACUGAUGCUGUCGAGGAGGAGAUUGAAUUGCUCAAGAAACUGCUGCCUGAGAUGGUGAGGUUUGAACCCUCUUGGGAAGAGCUGGAACUCUAUAAGGAUGGGGGCUUGGCCGUGAUUGACCAGUGGAUUUGUGCACAUGCAAGGUAUUUUAUAGGCACCUCAGUUUCAACAUUUUCCUUCCGAAUCCAUGAGGAAAGAGAGAUCUUGGGAUUUGACCCAAAAACAACUUACAACCGAUUUUGUGGUGAAACAGAGAAAAACUGUGAGCAGCCAACUCACUGGAAAAUUGUCUAUUAAAUACAGAGAAAUACAAGGGCUUCAGUAAUCAUAGAAUCAUAGAAUCAGCUGGGUUGGAAUGGACUUCCGAGAUCAUCAAGUCCAACCCUUGAUCCAACC